AUGUGCUUUAGCGGAUGCUGCUCCUCUGGAAAGACGGUGUGCUGCAGCCAGUCGUGCCAGCAGUCCAGCUGCUGUGACCCAUGCCAGAAGUCCAGCUGCUGUGCCAAGCCAUGCCAGCAGUCCAGCUGCUGUGAUCCAUGCCAGAAGAGUAGCUGCUGUGAUAAGCCAUGCCAGCAGUCCAGUUGCUGUGACCCAUGCCAGCAGUCCACCUGCUGUGAUAAGCCAUGCCAGCAGUCCACCAGCUGUGACCCAUGCCAACAGUCCAGUUGCUGUGUCAAGCCAUGCCAGCAGUCCACCUGCUGUGAUAAGCCAUGCCAGCAGUCCAGCUGCUGUGACCCAUGCCAGCAGUCCACCUGCUGUGUCAAGCCAUAUCAGCAAUCCACCUGCUGUGACCCAUGCCAGCAGUCCACCAGCUGUGACCCAUGCCAACAGUCCAGCUGCUGUGUCAAGCCAUGCCAGCAAUCCACCUGCUGUGACCCAUGCCAGCAAUCCAGCUGUUCCAAUCCAUGCCAGCAGUCCAGCUGCUGUGACCCAUGCCAACAGUCCACCUGCUCUGUCAAGUCGUGCAAGAAGUCCACCUAUUGCAGCACCCAGCAAUGCCUACCAUGCAGCCACUGUGGCUGCAUCUCCUGCUGUUGUGGAUCUCUGCCUUGCUGCUCAACUGUGGUGAAGAAAAGGCCUGUUGUCGUGUGUUGCAGCCCUGUGCGUUACUGCUCUCCCAUGAGAAAGUACUGCAUACCCACGCAGCAGUGCUGCUACUCAACCAAAAACUUUGCCUACACUACAAACAUCAUGUCCAACGGAUGCUGCUCUGGUAGUAACAACUGCUGUGGUGGGAGCAGCUACUCUGUGUGCUGCUACGGCCAGAAGUCUUGCUGCAAGACACCGUGCUGCUCGCCCAUACAGUACUGCUGCCCCGUGAGGACCUGCUGCGUGCCCACGCAGACUGUCUCUGUCCCUUCCAGCUUUGCCUACACUACAAACAUCAUGUCCAACGGAUGCUGCUCUGGUAGUAACAACUGCUGUGGUGGGAGCAGCUACACUGUGUGCUGCUACGGCCAGAAGUCUUGCUGCAAGACACCGUGCUGCUCGCCCAUACAGUACUGCUGCCCCGUGAGGACCUGCUGCGUGCCCACGCAGGUGUGCUGCUACACCACGAGCAAUAACAACAGCAGCUGCUGCGGGGGCAACAACAGCUGCUGCUGA